AUGUGUGAUGUAGCUGCUGAUUUUUAUGAAGAUUUUUUCAGAAGAUCUGAUAAUAUAGUUAGACCACAUCCUUAUGUUGAUGCACUAUUGUUAGAUUUUGAUAAUAAAGAUGAUCCUAUUCCUGAAGUAUCUUUAGAUGAAUUAUCACAGGAGGUUGAUUGUAUUAAAAAAAAGAAAUCUUUAGAUGCACAUGGUUUGAGUGAUUAUAUGUUCAAUUUCUUACAUUCAUCGCAUUGUUCAUUUCUUCUUCAUCUUUAUAAUUUUUCUUUUUCUUCGGCUGUUCUUCCUGUUGCAUGGAAAGAUACUAGAAUUUUACUUUUAGCUAAAAAAGAUUCAAUUUGUUCACCUGCAUUAACUCGUCCUAUAUCUUUAUUAGAUUGUUUUCAAAAAGUUGGUGAAAAUUUGUUUCUAUCUAGAUUUCGUGAUGUUCUUUAUAGAAGAGGUUUACUUCCUGAUAAUCAAUCGGGGUUCCGUGAAAGUCUGAUGUCUAACAGUUCUCCAACGGUUACGUUGUUUGUUGAUUUCAAAAGUGCGUUUGACAUGUUGUGGCAUGAUGGUUGUGUUGGUAAAUUUUGUAAAAUGAGCAUUCCACCAUCAUUCACGAAUUGGAUUAGAGCUUGGCUUGAGAAUCGUAGAGGAUUCAUUGAAAUUAAUAGUGUAAAAUCUAGAUGGUUUGGGAUUGAAAAAGGUGGUCCCCAAGGACGUUCUCUUACUCCUACUGUUUUUAUAUCAUAUCAUACUGAUAUGCUUGCUUUUCUUUCGUGGUCGUCUUCGCAUCUUUUUGCGGACGACUUAGCAGCUGUUGUUGCUGGUCAGAUAGGGUUGAAGUUUUCUAUUCAAUGUAUAGAUCUAGAGAAAAGACUCAAGCUAUUUUGUGAUCAACUUGAAUACUAUUGUCUUCUUACACUUCAACCGAUAAAUUAUACUAAAACUGAAGCUUUAUGGAGUACACGUGCUCCCUUUUCUCCUCAAUUUGAUAUUAUACUUGGUGGUCAUACAAUUAAGUGGACAAAAGAAUUUAAAUAUCUUGGAUAUCAUAUUACUCCUAGGUUGGGAUGGAGCAAACUGAUCCAUAUGUCUAUGCUGAAAAUUAGACAACGAUUAUGUCUUAUUAAUUCUUUUAGAUUUUUUGGUAAAACGUCUAGGGUUCUUAGAAGAGCUUUAUUUUCUUCUUAUGUUUUACCAUUGUUUACAUGGUUAUAUCCUGUGUUUCCUCUUCUUACAGAUCUUCAACGUGCUCAACUGAGGGUGUAGGUGUGGAUGUGGGUGUGGAUGUGGGUGUGGGUGUGGGUGGGUGUGGGUGUGGGUGUGGGUGUGGGUGGGGGGGGGGUGUCUGAGUGUGUGGGUAAGUGCGGGUGUGGAUGUGCAGCUAAUCUCUUACCCACACCCACACCCACACCCACACCCACACCCACACCCACAACCACACCCACACCCACACCCACAACCACACCCACACCCAAACCCACACCCACACCCACACCCAAACCCACACCCACACCCUCAAGUGGUUGGGCGGCGCCCUAAGGAUUUUUCAAAAGGGUCUUUAUAGUGAGAGAUGAUAUUGUUUUUCGUGGAGCAAACCUACAACGGUACAUUUAUCUUCAAAAUACUUUCUAAAAUAAUACCUCGCCUGUUUAAUAAAAAAUACCAGAGUUAGUUGGAUUGACAUUUUCUAUUAUUCAGAAAAAAUACAUGUAAGAAAACAGUAAACUCCCUCCCCCUCUCCUAUAUUAGAAGCCUCCGGGGGCUUCUAAUUUGUCCACCGCUUAUAAUUUCUGAAGGGGCUUCUAUCAAGUCCCAAAAAGUUUUCAUAGACUAUGAUAAGGAACUCGAUUCGAAAGAUUUCUAGAAAUUUUCAAGACUUUCAUGAUUUUUUCAGAAGAUUUUAGGCAAUUUUUCCAGAUUUAAGCACAAUUAGAUAGGAUCUAAUCGAAAUUUCACCUUAAAAUCGAGAAGUUUUAGCAGGGAAAUUCGAAAAAUCUAAAAAACUAUAAAAUGUCCUUGAGGGUGGGUGAGUGGGUGGGUAUGGGUGUGUAGUUAAUCUCUUACCCACAAUCAUACCCACCCACCCACACCCACACCCAUACCCACACCCACACCCACACCCAUACCCACACCCACCCUAGCACACUAUAAACCACACUAUAACCCACACCCACACCCACACUCACACCCAUCCACACCCACACACACACCCACACCCUGUGACGGAUAUAUUUUGGUAUUAGUGUUUUUCAUAAGGUCGUAAGUCGCUAUACAAUCCUGUUUCAAUAGUCCACUUUUUAAACAAAUCCAUAUUGUCGAAUUUUCUUGCAUAAAGGGCAGAAGACUGUUUCAUACGAUCAAUAUCUUCGUCUAGUAUACUGGGACUCAGCUCUCCACGCCAGUGUAUAUAUCUCCACUGGUUUGCAAAGUCGUCCAUAUAACCUAAGGCAUCCCAAAGAUGCAAUGAUCCAUUUACUGACGAGUACUCCAGUGCAUUAUGAUAAAAUUUAAGAUGCUCGUUCUCAUUGAAUGGCCUUGUCGAAAGGUAGUAAAACGUCUGGAAAAAGUAUUCAUCAGGGGCAAAAGUGUUGUGAUAGUAUAUAAGCCAAUAAUAUAAUAACUUUCUAUUGAUUUUCUUAAACAUAUGAAAGACAGAUUCAAACGAUAAUAUCGUCCAUCCUGCUCCAAUGCGAAGUACAUGUUGUUCUGCUGCAGUCAUUCUAUGAGUUGACAGAAAAUCGUUCGUAAAGUUGACAUGCCGUAAAUUGUCGGGCGAGAUUGAACUUUGUUCGCCUCUCUGAAGAGUCACACCAAAGUCAUUACAAUAAAAAUUUUCGAUACGGGAGCAAAAUGAACCCGGGCAUACCACACCAGUAUUAUAAAUUGAGAAUUUUUGAUAAACAAAUAGACGAUUCAAUAUUGCGUGUUUAGAUUUAAUAGGAAAAUCUGCGGAUGACAUGCUGAUGAAAGAAUCUAUAGUAUGACCGAAUGGUGAAAUGAGCAGAGUAUGAAGGCACAACAGUUCGACGUAGACAACUGAUAUUGAUCCAUAACGACCAAUGAGCGAUUCUUCAGUGUCAAUUACCCAUACAUAUGGAUAUUGAAACCCUUCCAUAGUAAGCCACCGUUUGAAUUCUAAGACUUCGCUUGAAUCACGUAUUCGGAGAUCACAAUGGACUACAAUGAUUGUAUGUUUCGCGACAAAAAUGGCGUAAAUUAAUUUUUUUACUCGCCAUAAGUCUUCUAUGGAAUGAGAAAUGAUAUAAUAUCCAAUCUUUAUAUCGUUUCCAGGCAAUAAACUCUUUUGAUUCCAAUCCAGUUCUGAAAAGUUAGUUGGUAUUGAUUUUUUCAUCAUUGUAUGAUUGUUAUGGAUCUUUUCUUCGACUAACUCAAACUGUUUCAUUUUCAAUUGAAACCACUUGGGAAUUAAUAACAUUCCAAUAGCUAGUGCGUGUAGAGGACAGGGAUACAUACGGCGAGAGAAGAAGAUCUGAGACUCGAUGCGAAGGAUCUCAUUGAAAGUUUCUUCCGAUUCUGGUAAGUUUUUGAAAUACCAGAGAUCUUCAUGACUUGAGGGAACUGAUAUUUGUGUGUCUUUUUUUAUUAUACGAUGAUCAAUUAAAAAUGCUUUUUUAUACUUAAACUGGAACCAACCUAUAGCUGACAAUGCGAUGACUGCGGUUAUACAAAAUAAAACUCUGACACAACUUAAGUACAUGUUAUGAGAAAAUUCAUGACCUAGCGUUCAUACAACAAAAACAGAAGGAAUAUUUUUUAAUUCGACAAAGAUCAAUCAAAUCCUCAUAUGAAUGGAUUUUAUUUACAUGUGGAAGCCUGCACUGAAAAAAAAAAGGUGUCAUACGAAACCUAAAAAAGGUUUCGUGGCUACCACGAAACCAUUUUUGGGUUUCGAUGUUUGCAACGAAUUCGAAACCAUUUUUUAGUUUCGUACAAUACUAUGAAACCCUGAAAAACGUUUUCUGAAUCGCUGAAAAUCCUCUGUAAAGGCUUCGCAGU